UACGUUUCACAACACGUAAAUUUUGAAAAAAAUUGAGUUUUAGAUUCUCCAAAUAAAUAAGAAAAUUAUUUUUUUUUUAAUUUUGUGUUUCAAAUUGUGAAUCCGUAUUCGUAUUUUGUGAGGAAAAAAAAAUCAUCAUGCAUUGGUUAGCAGAACGAACUCCCUAUUUUGGACUUGCCCUGAUGGCUGCAUACGGAGCCUAUGAGAUGCUGCCCGAUGUACAUCCCUAUGCCUUUACGGCCUCGGCAUUUGGUAUUGUGUUCGGUAUCUAUGGCAUGGUUGGUGGUCGUGAGCUGCGUUGCAGUCUAGUGAAAAGUGUCCUGGACACAACAAUGGACAUUGUACCGCUGUCCUUGAUGAACAUAGAAAUUUUUCUGCAAAUGGGUGAACCCUAUGCCAUGGCCCAUGCCUUAUUUAUUAUACCGCUUAUUUUGGAUUUUAUUGCAAAACUUUUCGGCGAUGAAACGGAUGAGGAGAGCACCCAAAUUCUUAAAUAUGUUAACACUUUGGCUAAUGUGGUGUCGUUGAGUUCAUUGGCCUAUCGAGAAGAUAAUUAUUUGUAUGGGUGUGUGGCUAUCUCGAUAUUGGCAGCCCAAACGUCUUCGGUGGUAUGGGGUGGACCAUGCCGUGGUUAUCGCAGUGAAUUUGUGCAUGUGAUGGGCUAUUCCAUGUUCUAUUUCGCCUCAAUUAUGGCAAUAACCGUACCAAAUGUGGCAAUUAAGGGGGAAAUUCCAACAGAGAUUAAAAAGGAGGCGGUGUAAUGAGAUGUGUGGAAAAGUGAUUAGAGAUCGAAAAUGGGGAGUGAAAUGAAAAUUUUGCCUUAAAAUCGAAGAAAUUUGUAAAAUAUCUGGAAUUUUUCAUUGAAAGAAUGUUGUGUGGAAUAUGGAUUAUUAAAAUAAAUGCAUGUAUUUCGAAUUCA